ACCCCCAAGUAUGGAGUGGUUAAGCUGAGCCCAGAACAUGAAAUUGGAUUAUAAACUAAAAUAAUCCAUCAUUUGCGCAAAAAGCAAUGAGAGAAUGAGCCCCAGUUGGCAAGCAAUUGCAUCCCCUGGCAAAUGGAUGAAAAGGACGGCCCUUUUUUCUAUUAUUGUUAAGAAAGAGAGAGUGUUUUAGAGAGGGAUCCUGGUGUGAUUCAAAGAAAAAGGAAAGGGAAAGGAAAGAAAUUUUGGGAAAAGAAAAUCGAUCCCAUGAUCCCCUUUUUCGAAGUUUGCUCAAACGCUAUUUGUCCGAUCUGAGUUUUUUGGAUUCCAACCAGUUUUUAUACUUUCACUCCGGAGGUCAAGUCUAUUUCUCACCCACCCCUAUAGACUUUUUGUAUUCAGGGCUCCCAAAGACAUCCCAGAUUUCCCAUUUGUUUCUUCUACCCGUCUAUAAAGCAUAGACAGGAGUCUAAGCCUUGUUUGGUUGUACACAAACUCCACAUGGCUCUGGGUUUUUAGCCUGCUAUACUGCUAUACCAAACACACAGGUAAGGGCAAGAACACUCUCCCUGAAAAUGGCGGCAGCCGAGAAGCCCAGCUCCAAAGGGCAAGCCUGGUUUUGCACCACCGGCUUGCCAAGCGACAUUGUGGUCGAAGUCGACGACAUGGCCUUCCAUCUGCACAAGUUUCCUUUGAUGUCCAAGAGCCGAAAGCUUCACCAGCUGAUAACGGAGGAAGAGGCCAACCCCACCGGACGGCGAGAAGAGCGUGAGGGUGAUGGUGACGGAGACGGAGACGGCGACGAGAUUGAGGAAAUAGAGUGUCACAUAACGCUGCCGGCGGGCUUUCCCGGCGGGAGCGAGACGUUCGAGACGGCGGCGAAGUUCUGCUACGGCGUGAAGAUUGAGGUGAACGCGUGGAACGUGGCGCCGCUCCGGUGCGCCGGUGAGGUUUUGGAGAUGACGGAGGAGUACUCGGAGGACAACCUCAUCUCUAAGACUGAGAGGUUUUUCUCGCAGUCAGUGCUCAGGAGCCUCAAGGACUCGAUCAGAGCGUUGAAGUCCUGCGAGAGGUUGAUGCCUCUGGCGGAAACCCUAGGGAUUACUGAGCGGUGCGUCGAUUCGAUAGCUGCGCGAGCGUCGUCGGCCGAUCCUGCUCUCUUCGGAUGGCCGGUGAACGACGGAGCGAAAGAGAGUCAGAGUUCGAAGCAGCAGAUCUUGUGGAAUGGAAUCGAUGCCGGUGGGAGAAGAAGGAAUUUGACUAGGGGCACCAAUGCGGAGCCUUGGUUUGAGGAUUUGGUGCUUCUGAGCCUUCCAUUCUUCAACCGUGUGAUUUCCACCAUGAGCGCCAGAGACCUGAGCCCCGAGAUCAUCGAGAGCUGCUUGAUUUACUAUGCCAAGAAGCACAUCCCAGGCAUCUCUCGGUCGAACAAUCGGAAGCCAUCGACGUCGUCUUCAUCCAUAGUGAAUUCGGAGAGUGAACAGAGGGAGCUCUUGGAGACAAUAAUCGGAAACCUUCCAUCGGAGACGAACACCACCAGGUCGUCUUCUCCGGCGACCAGAUUCCUCUUCGGAUUGUUGAGAACGGCGAACAUACUGAACGCCUCCGAGGCUUGCAGAGCAGCUAUGGAGAAGAAAAUCGGGUUACAGCUAGAGCAGGCCACGCUGGACGACCUCCUCAUCCCCAGCUAUUCGUAUCUGAACGAGACCCUCUACGACGUCGACUGCGUGGAGAGGAUCUUGAGCUACUUCCUCCGUGGAUUUGAGGAGCGAAACCGAGCCCAAGACGGAGAUAACACAGAUGGAGAACUCAGAUCCCCAGCGUUAAUGCUCGUCGGAAAACUCAUCGACGGUUACCUCUCGGAGAUCGCCUCCGAUGCCAAUCUCAAGCCCGACAGAUUCUACAAACUUGCGAUUUCGCUCCCCGAGCAAGCUCGUCUCUUCGACGACGGUCUUUACCGUUCCGUCGAUGUCUAUCUCAAGGCGCAUCCGUGGAUAUCGGAGGAGGAGAGAGAGAAGAUAUGCGGAGUGAUGGAUUGCCAGAAGCUGACUCUAGAAGCUUGCACGCACGCGGCGCAGAACGAGCGGCUACCGUUGCGGGCGGUGGUGCAAGUCCUGUUCUUCGAGCAGCUCCAACUGCGCCACGCGAUCGCAGGGACUCUACUCGCGGCUGAAACGGCGCCGCACGAACCCGGAAGGCCGUCGUUGAUGGCCACACGGCGGGGUGGGGAAGGAGAAGAGGAGGAAGAGGGGGAGGUGGAGGUGGAAGAGGGCGCGGGGGUUUCGGCGCAACGCGCGGAGGGGCAGAGCACGUGGCGGGCGGCAGUGAGGGAGAAUCAGGUGCUGCGGCUGGACAUGGAUAGCAUGAGGACGCGGGUGCAUCAGCUGGAGCGGGAGUGUUCCACAAUGAAGAAGGUCAUCGAGAAAAUCGACAAGGCGGAAACACCCGAAAACGAAGGGCGGAGGAAAGGCGGGUCCAAGCUGAGCAGGAGGUUUGGGUGUAAGUUCAAGACGCAGGUGUGUGAUUCUCAUGAACCGACGGUCGGGGAUGCUCCGAGGAAAGGACGACGGCACCAUCAUCAGCAUUAGAGUGGGGUCCCACGUGUUCUGACGUGGAAUCGCAAUUAGCUGGGAAUCGCGAUUGUAAAAAGUUAUUUAUUUUGGCCACGUAAAAACUCUGAGAAAAGCUGGAAAUAAAAAUUGCGUACCAAUAGUUUUGUGGGCUCGCAAAUUCUGUC